CCCAGUGGCUGGGGUUCAGGUUCUGGUGUCCCUCAGGAGACAGGCAGGCAGCAGCGCAAGGGUGGUGUGGAGUCCGCAGCAGGCGGUAUUGUGAUGGCAGCGUGGAGUUUGUGGCAGGUGGCGGCGUGAUGGGGGCAUGGACUAAAAAAAGUGAAUUUUCAUUUGACUCUUGUGUCGUUUCUAUCAUCAAUCAGCAGAUGUCGCUAUGGAAUUGUUGCACUUUGUAUUGUUGGGGCAAAUCUCGCACAAAAUCGCGUUCGUUCCGAAUCCCGUUCCUCUUUCGACUAGCCUCCAAGAUGCCUACCAGGAAGUCCAAGACCAGGAAGCUCCGAGGACAUGCCAGCCACGGACAUGGUCGCGUUGGCAAGCACAGGAAGCAUCCUGGAGGUCGUGGUAAUGCUGGUGGCAUGCAUCAUCACAGAAUCAACUUCGACAAAUACCAUCCAGGAUACUUUGGUAAGGCGCACAGGAGACAUACCUCCCACUGCCCUACCAUCAACCUGGACAAGCUGUGGACACUGGUGAGUGAGCAGACCAGGAUCAACUACAGCAAGAAGCCCGAUGGACCCGCCCCCAUCAUCGAUGCUGUGCGCGCUGGCUAUUACAAAGUCCUGGGCAAAGGCAAGCUGCCCAAGCAGCCUGUGAUCGUCAAGGCCAAGUUCUUCAGCCGACAGGCCGAGAAGAAGAUCAAGGCAGUGGGAGGAGCCUGUGUGCUGAUGGCAUAAUGAUCCUGUCUUUAGAAAUAAAGUGCAUAAAUUGAAA